AUGGAGCUGACCUCAGAGAACCUCCAAUCCUUAUUAACCGAUCUAUCCUGGUUUAUUCAGCUUGUGCUGGCGGUUAUUGGCAGUCUGCUGAUUCUUUUACCGUUGGUUUACACGUUGGUACUGCAUCACGAUUGGCAUUUUCCGUUGAUUUCGGUGUCUCGAAAACUCGUUCGUGGUUGUUCGUCCGCCCUACGAUGGACAUGGAUCGGUCACGGCACUUUUUAUGCAGUCGCUCCGCUCAUAAGACCCGUCAGCUCUAUUCUUGGCUUAUUAUGGCAACUUGUUUUUACAGUCACUGGCAUGUCAUUGCUGUCAUCUCGAGAUGCUGGUCAGCACCCCAAUAGAUUCAAGUCCUCGAUCUCAAAUUCCAAGGCUUCUCCGACGGUCAAUGUUUGUCUGUCAAAUAUCGAUCCCAAAGCAACUCUGAUCACCGGGCUUGUAAAUACGGGCAAUUCUUGCUUUCUAAAUUCGGUGCUCCAGGCUUUGUCAAGCUUGCCACGAUUGCAAUCUUAUCUCGACUUUGUCACGCAAAAUAAUGUUCAAUCUCUACCCCUGACACGUUCGCUAUUAAAAACGCUACGUCUACUUACCGUCCCUGUUCGCCAACAAUCGUCUUUUCGACCAACCGAGAUCGUCAAUGUCAUGGCCUCUUCCAAUACUCGAGUGGUGAACCAAGAACAGCAGGAUGCUCAAGAACUUUUCCAGCUCAUCUCCAGUUCUUUGGACGCUGAAACCCAGACCGUGGAACAGACAGGGCUGGCCGGCGAUGGUCUCAAGGACGUGCUUCGGUGGUCAUCUUUUCAGAAGAUCGUGUAUCCUCACCCAGGGGGCCGACCGACGGUUUCCCAUGCAAACUCCUUCUCAUUCUUCAAGGGCCAUCUGAAUAUCCUCGCUGAAAAUCCUUUUACGGGUUUGCUUGCCAAUCGACUGUCAUGCAUGCAAUGUGGUUAUACAGAGGCCAUUCGCCAUUUUUCUUUUAAUAACGUGCAGCUGACCUUGCCUCAAAAGUCCUCCACCACAUUGGAUGAAUGUUUGGAGCAAUUGACGGCGAUGGAAUAUCUCAACGAUGCUACCUGUCGAAAAUGUUCACUGAUUGAUACGGUGCGGGAUUUGUGCUCGGAAGUGGAAGCGUUAAAGGAUCAAGCGUCGCGUUGCAAAGAUACAAAGACGAAGCGAUCGUUGCUCACGAAAAUGGUGCAAAAGGACAAGAUUCGUCGAGAGAUUGAACACCGACUCAACGUCGGCCGGAUCGAGGAAGAAGAAAACGAACCUUUUGGCAAAGACAAGGCCAUUAUGCUUCGUACUGUAAGCCGAAUGUCCAGUAAACAGGUCAUGUUCGCCAAACCACCCAAGAUCCUGUGCCUUCACAUUUCCCGAUCGGCAUUUCAUACUUCCGGUGUCAUUUAUAAAAAUCAGUGUCACAUCUCGUUCCCGGAAUACUUGGAUAUGUCGCCCUAUUGUACGGACGGAACGCUCAAUACACAGCCGCACAUGCCGAUUUCCACGCUGACAUCGAAAAAUGCGGCCAAGUAUAAGCUUAUGAGUACAGUGGUGCACUUUGGAAGUCACAACUUUGGCCAUUUCAUUGCCUACAAACGACGCAUGAUGCCCAGUCACUGUUCAUGCCGUCAGUGCAGUUCUUCCAACGAACCGCCGGAACUCAACACCCACGACUCCUGGUAUCGUAUCUCGGACGAAGAAGUGGACGUUUGUAGUUUGGACGAUGUCUUGCGCGCCAAUCCAUACAUGCUGUUGUAUGAACUCGUGGAGGACACGGCGAUGGCGGUGGACGAAACAUCCACUCAAGCGCUGGCCGUCGCUGCAUCGUUAAAAGAAGCAAAUCCGCACACUGUAUUGUCGGGCGUGGACGCUGUUGACGAUUUUCAGGCCAUGUGCGAUGUGACUGAAGAAAUUGCUGAGCUGCAGGCAGUUCAACGUCGACGAUCGCUCUAUGAUCAUGACCAGUGCGACCCCUGGAUCGCCAAGUGCCAUCAUCCGGGGCGAAGAACCAGUUUGUCGUCCCACGACUGGAUGGCCAAACAAUCCCAAGUCACACCCUUGGCCAUUUACUAG